ACGUACACAUUUCCACCGGAUGGCCUCUGCGCUAUAAUUACUUUUGACUCUUUGUACCGUAAGGACGCAUCAUUGGAACCACCCUAUCCCAAAGACUUUCAGUAUUUCUUAGAAACGGCCAAGCAGGCAAAUCAAUCUGAAUUUGGCAUCGGCAUCCACCAAAGCAUUAUCGCCAAUGCAACCGCUACGAUGCAACUUGUGAGCGACCCUUCGACGAAGAAGCAUUUGGACGAGCUAUGGGACGAUUACGGUGUCUACCACUAUGCUUAUGUGGGGGAGAAGCAUUCGUAUCCAGGAUACUAUUCAGCAUAUGUGGCAGCAACAGCGAAAGCAUUAGAGAUGAUGUCCGCACUGAUGAACGAUAGAAAAAAUGCGAAACUUCGGCCAAGCUACACGAUCGUGUUCUUUUGGGCAAAUUCGCCGGAGAGUGUCAAAUUUCUGGCGCAGAGAUUUACGAAUGAGGUAUCGUUGGAUGUCUUCGUUUUCAUGGGGUUUUUCCGAACGCCGAACAUUAACUUUAAAGAGUGUUUCAUGGUACCACCAACCUUCCUGCCUACGGCCCUUGAUGAGGCAUCUUUGAAGGACACAUACUUGGGAAACUUGGGGCCCGCUUUUACCAUCCUACCAUCCUACAGCGAUAGGUGGCCUUCAAAGACUAAGCGCGCUGUGGCCGUGGGCGUGCAUGGUCUCUGGUACACUCCAUGUGCUCCGGGUCCAGUGGUGGACAACCGGCCAGCGAACUACUCCCUAGGACACAGAUGCGGCUAUGCAUGCAAGAAAGCCAAGAUCACCCCGAAAAAUCAAACAACGAGCAUUCUGAAUGCCUGCAUGCAACCUGCCUACAAUAGAUCCUUCUACUUGGACACCACUUUUGAAGCGCUCGUUGCCUUUGACGUCAAGCAAGAGAUAAUCUUCACCUAUGACAGCGCUUCCAACCUCCGUUCCAAGCUAUGCCACUUGAAGAGGUUAGCGACAAACGUCACAAACUUCAUGGCGGCCGUGGACAUUCAAUACGAGGACUACAACAAUACGUGCGGGCACGGGCGCUACCCGCGACUCAACAUGCUCAAGCGGCUGUCGGAAUUCUUUUCUUACAGCUAUACAUCUCCCGCCAAGGAAGCAGAAUGCUUGGCAAUCACCUAG